UGAAUUGGCCGCUGGAAGCCCGCAGUCUCUUGCUUUUGUGCUGGACCGGAGGGCAACUGAAUGUGCAGGAAGAUGCUGAACCCGGGAACAUGAAUACUCCAACCCGCUGGUCUAGCCAAGGGCAGCCUGGAGAAGGGUGCAUCCUCAAAGAAAGAGGAACUCGAAGCAGCGAGCAACGGAGAGGAGAAACCAGAUAGAGAGAAAGAAGUAGCAGCCAGACUGGCUUCUUCCCCUCCAGCAGAGACGAUGCUAAACGGGACUGAAUGUGACGACACGAGGCACAAGAGCCCGACUCACGGCUCCGCAUUCAACAACAAGACUUUACCGCUGGUGAAUGAAAACGGCACGUUAGAUAUGGAGCCACCGCACGGUUCUGUUACCGGAAGCAACGGAUUCAUUCUCACAAAGCAGCAGCAGCAGGAAGGUGUCUCUUCAGCGACGCUGGGUUCGGGAGUUUCCCCCCACAGGACUAACUGGCUGCCUUCGGGCUCGCCGACAGGGGGAAACCGGGCCAAAUCUCCCCCGGCCUCGGACUCUGGGUGCACACAGACUUCAGGUGCACUAAGGACUGAUCCCAGUACAGGGACUACGUCAGGACCGGAGACACCAGACACUAAAAAUGGCACAGCCUCCUUUCCGGCCCCGGCUCCCGUCACCAUACACAGAGCGCGCAAGACCAUGUCCAGACCCGCUGUCAGCCCGGCUCAAAAGCUUCUUAACAGGGAAUUAAGAGAAGCUCAGACUGCCAAAAUGGAGAUUGAAGUUUCACCUGCUGCUCAGAAACCCCCGCAGCAGAACCAUCUACCUCAGAGUCCACCGGAUACACCAGCUUCAGCACAAACUGCUCCGUCAGCUUCACCAGCACCUACUGCAGCUCCUGCAUCACCUCCAGCUCCUUCCGAUCCUUCGGCACCUGGAGAUUCUCCGGCUCCUGAAGCUCCUGCUCCACCUGUUGCUCCUGCAGCUCGUCCAGCUCCAGUCAAACUCCACCUAGGCCCUUUCUCAGGAGGCUUGUCGUCCCGUAAGAAGAAGCGGAGGAUGGGAAUGUACAGUCUGGUUCCCAAGAAGAAAACCAAAGUGCUUAAGCAGAGAACUAUGCUGGAAAUGUUUAAGGGAAUGGAACAGUCUGCAAAAAGCCUGCAGAGUAAAGUUAUACCUAACAUAAACGGGGAGAAGGUGGAAAAUGCAUCUGAGGAGGAAGAGUCCGAGGAGGUGGAGUCUGAGGAAGAGGAGCGGCAGCAGCCAGCAGGAGAAGCUGCCGGUGCGGCCCAGGAGGAAACAUCCGAACCCUCUCAGGGGGGAGAUGAGCAGGAGUUUGAAGAGUCUGCAGAAGAAGGGGGAGAGGAGGAGGGCACAGAGUCAGACCUGAGCACAGAGUCCAGUCUGAAGAAGAAACUGAAAAAUAAGUUAAAGCGAGACGCAGCGUGGCUCAGGCCGGCCAGGAAACGGAAGAGGCGGAUAAAGGCCAAAGAAAUGGAGGCGGUGGAUCAGCUCCAAACCUCCGCUCCGGCUCAGACUGACGAUGUGAAGGAGCGCACUCAGAUCCCCUCACCCGACUCCCUCCCCCUCCAGCAGCCCCGAGAGGCAGCGGCUCCCGCUCAGAACAAAGAAGCUUCAGGGUCAGCGAUGGAGGAGGCUCAGGAGCUCCCUCUCUGCAGCUGCCGCAUGGAGACGCCUAAGAGUCGAGAGAUCCUCACGCUGGCCGACAGGAAGUGCAUGGCCACGGAGAGCGUGGACGGACAGCUGAGCCGCUGCCAGGGCGCCAUCCUGAAACACGAAAUGAUGCGCCCCUCAAACUCUGUGCAGCUGCUGGUGCUGUGCGAGGAUCACCGCAACGGCAUGGUGAAGCACCAGUGCUGCCCCGGCUGUGGCUUCUUCUGCAGGGCUGGGACCUUCAUGGAGUGCCAACCGGACCUCAGCAUCUCUCACCGUUUCCACCGCGCCUGCGCCUCCAUGCUGAAAGGUCAAAGCUUCUGUCCGCACUGCGGAGAGGAGGCCAGCAAGGCCAAGGAGGUGACCAUCGCCAAUGCCGACACCACCUCCACCGUCCCCCCCGCACUCGCACACGGCCCUGCAACACCCGGGGCCCCCGAGGGCCGAGCAGACACCACCACUGGCAGCUCCUCUCACCUGGCCGUGGGUUCUGAGGUCAGCGGCCGUGCCGACAGCUCGCUUCCCGCCAGUUUCUCAGACGGCCUGGACUCCCUGGCUGCUCCCGGCUCAUCGCAGGACACAGCGCUGCAGGCGGGGACCAUGCUGCCCCCUACAGUCCAGCAGGGGGCCCCCAGAGAGAGUCUGGAGAGCAUCCUCAUGGCUCUAGAUACAGAGAAGCCUAAGAAGCUGCGUUUUCACCCCAAACAACUUUACCUCUCAGCCAAACAGGGAGAACUCAAGAAGGUGUUGCAUAUGUUGGUGGACGGUAUCGACCCAAACUUUAAGAUGGAGUCUCAGAACAAGCGCACCCCGCUCCACGCUGCAGCGGAGGGAGGCUUCAAAGACAUCUGCCACAUGCUCGUACAGGCCGGAGCGAACCUGGACAUGUGUGAUGAAGACCAGCGGACGCCACUGAUGGAGGCCUGUGAGAACAACUUCAUAGAGGUGGUGCAGUACCUGCUGAGAGCCGGAGCCAGCGCCACUCACAAGGAUGUUGAAGGGUUCACGUGUCUCCACCUAGCGGCAAAGUCUGGUCAUUACAACAUCGUUGAGUACCUUCUGAACGCGGGGGUGAUCAACAUCAACUGUCAGGAUGAUGGAGGUUGGACAGCCAUGAUCUGGGCGACAGAGUAUAAGCACGCGGACCAGGUGAAGUUGCUGCUGUGCAAAGGAGCCGACAUCAGCAUCAGGGACAAGGAGGAGAACAUCUGCCUGCACUGGGCGGCGUUCUCCGGCAGCGUGGAGAUCGCCGAGCUGCUCCUGAACGCUCGCUGUGACCUGCAGGUCGUCAACAUCCACGGAGACUCUCCUCUGCACAUCGCUGCUCGGGAGAACCGCUUAGAAUGUGUCACGCUGUUCCUGACUCACGGAGCAGAUGUGCUUCUGAAGAACCGCGAGGGAGAAACUCCUCCAGACUGCUGCAGCAACAACUCCAAAGCCUGGGCCGUGCUGCAGGCCAACCGGAAGGAGAGGGACUCCAAGAGCAGCACGCUCCACCGACCACAGGAGAAAGUGCUUCAGAGUGACAUAGCUCUGGGACAGGAGAGAAUUCCCCUCCCGUGUGUCAACUCUGUGGACGGUGAGCCUCACCCAGACGACUACAAAUACAUCCCCGAAAACUGCGUCACCUCGCCCAUGAACAUCGACCGUAACAUAACGCACCUACAGUACUGUGUUUGUAAAGAAGACUGUUCAACGAGUAUCUGCAUGUGUGGACAGCUCAGCCUGCGCUGCUGGUACGACAAGAAGGGUCGUCUGCUCCCUGAGUUCUGCCGGGAGGAGCCUCCUCUCAUCUUUGAGUGUAACCACGCCUGCUCCUGCUGGAGGACCUGCAAGAACCGCGUCGUGCAAAAUGGAAUCAGGACCAGGCUGCAGCUCUUCAGGACCAGUAAGAAGGGCUGGGGUGUGCGUGCGCUACAUGACAUACCACAGGGGACCUUUGUAUGCGAGUACGUGGGGGAGAUCAUCUCCGAGGCAGAGGCAGAGAUGAGGCAGAACGACACGUACCUGUUCAGCCUGGACGAUAAGCCACAAGAUCAAUACUGCAUCGACGCUCGUUUCUAUGGCAACAUCAGCCGCUUCCUCAAUCACAUGUGUGAGCCCAACCUGUUCGCCUGCCGAGUUUUCACGAAGCACCAGGACCUCCGUUUCCCACACAUUGCCUUCUUCGCCAGUGAGAACAUCAAGGCUGGAGAGGAGCUGGGAUUUAACUAUGGCGACCACUUCUGGGAAGUAAAGAGCAAGCUGUUCAGCUGUGAGUGCAGCUCUUCCAAGUGCAAGUUCUCGUCGGCGGCCCUGGCGUCGCUGCAGGCGGACAGCACACCGGAGGAGCAGCAGCCCAGCGCUCUGCCCGACACCAGCUCCUCCAACACCCCCUCCUAAAGCCCCCCCCCCCCCCCCCCCCCCCC